AUGAACCUAUGUACGAAUCUGCGGACGUUUACCUGCACUCCCAACAUUUUGCCAGCCCUCCUACUACCUCUCAAGCAACACGCGAAUCUCCAAGGCGUCCGGAUCAACGCCACUCUUACUGUGCAACAAGCGAAUAUCUUGACAUCGCUCACGAAACUCAAGAGCUUAGCCCUAGACGCGUGCUCUUGGAAUAUGGUAGACGCGUUACCUGACUGGACGCGUCGAAUGAGUUCGAAUUUGACUACAUUGACCCUACACGGGAUCCAAGACCUCAACGAACCGAUACUAAGCGACAUGCUUCCAAACCUACCCAACCUGACCGGCCUCUACAUUGUAGGGUGUGCGAAGAUGGAACAUGGAAUGAUACUGCAGGCAACACGACACACUCCGAAGCUUGAGAAUCUUGCUCUCACUGCUUGGGAUUCCGCAGCAUUGCCUGCAGUACUCGCUGACUUGCCCCACCUGCGCCAUCUCGCCCUCGACACGCAUAUAGCCCCCAUAGUCAACGGUUUGCCCAAUACGAACUCCCCUUCGCUAUGGCCAGCGAUGAUCGCGCUGACGAAAGCCUGGGGAUGUCCCCUCGCGUCCAUCACGCUGCGCCUCUCCGACAAGGUCUCUCUCUCGCACUCAUUCGUUGUGGAGCUGCUUAACGCGCACGGUACGACGCUCGAGCACGUCGCGCUGAUCAACGUCGAACCCGCGUGGGAAAGCGUGCGCGCAAUCGCGAUGAAGGCGAAGCGGCUGGACAGGCUAAAGAUGCAUAUCCCGAUCAAGGAUGUCGUGAUAUUCUCCACUGUUCUCGGCCGCAGCAAGACGCUGCAGACUAUUACGGACAUCGGCGAUGCGCACACGACGCAUGGCUCGCAGGCGGCGUUCCUGACGCGUGACAGGGUACGGGCAAUGAUGAGCGAAGUGUCGAACUUAAAGAAGCUUGUUACCUCCGACCGUAUCUGGACAGUGCGUGUCUCUACGCCCCUUCUCGUUGAUGAUGUUGACACAGCGUCUCAGUGCACGAAGAGAGGCGACUGGCAGAAGCGAACGCUGCACAUCAAACUCGAAAAACGCAAGACCUCGUGCUCGAAUUAUUGGUUUCACUCACAAUAG